AUGGUUUUCUGGAAUGGAACGGAUAUUGGAUUAGCUGUGAUUGGCGGAGCCUUAAUAGGUAUUGCUACAUCACUUCACUACAUUGUAAAGGGUAGAGUGACUGGAUUUAGUGGAAUUCUUUACAGUAUUGUUACAUAUGAUCUUCCAUCUUUUUUUUGGAAGGUUUCUUUGAUGAUGGGAGUUGUGAUUGCCUCAAGUAUUUUUUACUUAGCAUAUGGGUAUGAAUAAAUUAUAUUUUAAAAGAACAGAAAAAGCAAUUAUUGAUGGAGGCACUCCUGCAUAUGAUGACUUAUUAAUAUUAACAUAAAUAGGAUGGGGUGGAUCAAUCAUAGCAGGAUUCUGUGUAGGAUUUGGUACUAAAAUGGGCAAUGGAUGCACUAGUGGUCAUGGUGUUUGUGGAUUACCAAGAUUGGCUCCGAGAUCAAUUGUUGCAGUUAGUUGUUUUAUGGGAAUGGGAUUAUUAACUGCCUCAAUUAAAGAAAACUUUAGUAAGAAUCUAUAACUAUAAUUAAGUUCCAUUGGAACAUCCAAAACCAAUAGAUUAUGAUCAUGAAGCUUGUGCCAUUACAACUUUAGUUUUAGCUUUUGUAAUCAUAAUCGUUAUGGCCGGAUUCUAAUACUUAAAAAAAAGAGAAUUGCUGAUCGAUUUGGCAGUAGCCACUCUAGUUGGAUUUAUUUUCGGAUUAGGAUUAGCCAUCUCUGGUAUGGUAAAAAGAAGUAAAAUUAUUGGAUUCUUAGCAAUUAAUGAUAGAUGGGAUCGUAAUAAUAUUCAUUUAUAUAUUAGCUACCCUUCUAUUUGUUAUGGUAACUCCAGUAGUNCUGAUUGAUUAUUAUAAUGAGUUGCAUAAUAAUACUCAGAGGUAUUAGACCGAAAAAUGCUUAUUUUAUUCUUAUUGGAUUUUUUAUACUUUAAAGAAUUAAUAAGAAAUUGUUAUGCAUUAAUAUUAUGACAAUUUUUAUUAAUAUUUACUUAUUAAAUAAAAGUAUAAAAUUUUUAAUUAAAAUUUUAGUAUAAAUACAUAAGUUAAUUAAACAAGAUUUGAACAAUUUUUAUUAAUCUCUAAAAUAUUAAUGGUUUUCUGGAAUGGAACGGAUAUUGGAUUAGCUGUGAUUGGCGGAGCCUUAAUAGGUAUUGCUACAUCACUUCACUACAUUGUAAAGGGUAGAGUGACUGGAUUUAGUGGAAUUCUUUACAGUAUUGUUACAUAUGAUCUUCCAUCUUUUUUUUGGAAGGUUUCUUUGAUGAUGGGAGUUGUGAUUGCCUCAAGUAUUUUUUACUUAGCAUAUGGGUAUGAAUAAAUUAUAUUUUAAAAGAACAGAAAAAGCAAUUAUUGAUGGAGGCACUCCUGCAUAUGAUGACUUAUUAAUAUUAACAUAAAUAGGAUGGGGUGGAUCAAUCAUAGCAGGAUUCUGUGUAGGAUUUGGUACUAAAAUGGGCAAUGGAUGCACUAGUGGUCAUGGUGUUUGUGGAUUACCAAGAUUGGCUCCGAGAUCAAUUGUUGCAGUUAGUUGUUUUAUGGGAAUGGGAUUAUUAACUGCCUCAAUUAAAGAAAACUUUAGUAAGAAUCUAUAACUAUAAUUAAGUUCCAUUGGAACAUCCAAAACCAAUAGAUUAUGAUCAUGAAGCUUGUGCCAUUACAACUUUAGUUUUAGCUUUUGUAAUCAUAAUCGUUAUGGCCGGAUUCUAAUACUUAAAAAAAAGAGAAUUGCUGAUCGAUUUGGCAGUAGCCACUCUAGUUGGAUUUAUUUUCGGAUUAGGAUUAGCCAUCUCUGGUAUGGUAAAAAGAAGUAAAAUUAUUGGAUUCUUAGCAAUUAAUGAUAGAUGGGAUCGUAAUAAUAUUCAUUUAUAUAUUAGCUACCCUUCUAUUUGUUAUGGUAACUCCAGUAGUUAUAAAUUUCUUUGCUUUUCGUGCAAAAGAAAAACCAUAUUUGAAUUCCAAAUAUGAAAUUCCAACUAAUAAUGUAAUAGAUUGGAAAUUAGUUUGUGGGGCUUCAAUAUUUGGAUUUGGAUGGGGAGUAGGUGGAUUUUGUCCUGGACCUGCAUUUGCUCUUUUUCCAUAGUUUACUGUGCAUAUAAAUAUUUUAUUCAUGGGAACACUUGUCAUUGGAUAAUUAUCGGCUAAUUACUUUGUAAAAUGGGUAGAUGAAAGAAAUAAAUAUGAUUAAAUAAAACCUUAACCAGACUAAUAAUCAAAAGAACAAUAAUAAAAGGAGCAAAUACCAGAUGUUUCAAAAUAGUAACUUGCAGAAUCUCCAAGUGAUAGAAAAAACGAUGCUCCAGAUAACACUGCAAAAAUCAAUUGA